AUGACGUCCGGGGCGCUCCUCGCGAUGCCGAUGCUGCUCAUCAACAUGGGUGGCGAGAUGAUCUACGUGCUGGACCAGCGCUUGAAGGCGCAAAACAUCCCCGACGACAAGAGCAUUAAAGUGCUCGUCGACGUCGUCAAGACCAUGUACAACACCAAGUUCAUCUCGGAGCUCUUCCGGCCGCACCACAUGUACUCGAACCUCUCGACGCGCCAGAUCUUUGACCGGCUCGCGCACUCGUCCAUCAUGCGCCUCAACCAGUCGAGCAUGGACAAGCUGUACGGGCUCAUGCGCAUGGGGUUCAAGUCGAACCUCCUCGCGUGCUCGUCGGCCGACCAGCUCGUGCAAGUGACCAUGAACCACCUCCAGAGCAUCAAGGCGAUCGUCAAGGCGGACGAAGCCACGUCGCUCAUCGAAGACGCAGUUGUGCUCACGGCGUCGGUGUACGGGUCGCUCUCGCACGCCAACUUUCUCUUGCUCAAGCAGCACCUCGCGCGCUUCUUCCAAGACGUGCGCAUCAAGGUCUCGCUCUUCCUCCAGUCCGGCCUCCAGAACCCCGACGGCGCCUUUGUGCUGCGCGCCAAGGGCCCGGUCGCGACCGGCGGGGACAUUCCCGGCGUCGUCCGGUACUUUGACGACCGCGGCAAAGUGGUUGACAAGGACAUGUUUGAUUUGCAAAACGCUGUCGGCGCGAUCGCAGUCGACGACGGACCGAUACUGACGCGGGACCCAGCACUGUGCCCAUUUGGCGAGAAUUUGUAUGCGCCCACGGCCAAGCCCGACCUCAAGUCGGUGGCUGAAAUGACGGCCGAUGCCAAGCGCACGGGCGCACGCGGCGCCGACAAGGCCGACGCGCCGGCCAAGCAGUACAAGGCGACAGCGCAGGACGGACUCAACCUGCUCGCCGACCUCCUCGGCAACUCGGCCAAGGAGACGGAAGCCAAACCGUUCAAGAUCGCGCUCUUUGCCGGCGACACGGGCGACGACGACGACGACGACAGCAAGGGCCAUGACGCGCACGUGACGAUGAUCACUAUCGACGCGCUGAGCGACCACAAGGCCUCGACCAAGCACCUCCUCGACGACUUUGAUGUCGACGUCAAGGCCCGCGCCGAAGGCAAGAAGGGCAGCGACGACGACGAUCUCUUAAGUUUAAUGGACGCGUCCGCGUAA